UCUGCAACAGUUAAAAAGAUAUGUAGGCAUCCUCUUUACGUGACCGUGAGGAAUCUCCUACACUUUCCCAAAGUAAUGCAUUUGCACUGCCUUUUGUCUUAAUUUUGAAUAGAUAGUCUCAUUCUUUAUCCAAGUAAAGAAUCCUUUACUUGGAUGUAUAUGAACCAUAAUUGCAGCUACUGCCUUUCACACAAUCUACCACACAAAUCCAAAAUCAAACCAAAUCUAACCGAUACCAAAAUUUCCAAUGCAGAAAGUAAGCAUUCUAAUCAUUUUUGCAAUAGCCCUCUUGACUUCUUUCCCAGCUAAUGGAAACCAAGCCACCAACAAAGCCUUCCAAGGAUCCCAAAAGAAUUGCUCAUACUCCAUUGAGAUUGAGACAUCAUGUGCACCAUCUGCUGAAACCAUAGAUCAUGUCAGUGUAAGAUUCAGUGACUCACAAGGAGACUGGAUCAUAGUGAAGCAUCUGAAAAACCCUACAAAUGGUAAGAAAAAACUAUAUGUUGGGUUUGGUAGAUGUGCCAUUGAUAUGUUUGAGGCAAGUGGACCAUGUAUGAGGGAAAAAGUGUGCUCUCUUUACCUUAAGAAAGUUGGGUCAGAUGAUUGGAGACCUGGUUGGGUGAAGGUUCAUCAGCAGGAUGGUAAUGGAGUUGUAAAGGAAUCUUAUAUGUUCUAUUUUAGAGUAUUUGUGCCGGAAAAUGUAUGGUAUGGGUUUAAUUAUUGUCACUCUAAAGGGUAUUUUUAUAUGCCACAUGUUGGUAGUUUUGGUGAGGAUUAAUGUUGAAAGUAAAUUACCAUGUAGUAGAACUUUGUUGGUAGAUUGCAUGAUCUGAAGAUUGUUGGAUGGAAAAUUUAACAUCCUGUUUUUGUUUGUAAUAAAAUUUUAAUGGAAUUAGUUUAUUGGGAUUA